UAAAGAAUGCAAAAGAUGAGAAAAAGUUAUUAGGUGUUAGAGAGACAACAAUCGUACUGAAUGAAAGAGAAAUGAUGAAUAUUGAGAAAGUAAAUAACCAUUCAAACCUAAAAGUUUCAUCCAGUGUUAAAUUAUGUGAAAAUGAUAAUUUUCAAUCAUGUAAAACUGAUUUGGUACAAUUGUCUGACCCAAUAAAGAAAUUUGCAACAUGGAAAUUUAUUGUAUCAAAGAAUGUACUACUUAGAAUAUAUCAGAAAGGUCCAAAAGUCUAUAAACAGACGGUACUACCACAAAAAUUCAGACCAAAAGCCCUAUCUUUAGCACAUGAUUCCAUCUUCUCGGGGCACAUGGGAAUAACAAAAACAAAGAAGAGGAUUCUAUCUACAUUUUAUUGGCCUGGGUUUUCUAAAGAUGUAAAAAAUUAUGUUCAAUCUUGUGAUACAUGUGCUAAAACCACAAAAAAAGGAGAGAACCCAAAGGCUCCAGUGCAAAUAGGUCUGAUAGCAUCAAGACCAUUUGAACAAGUUGCAAUUGAUAUUGUUGGCCCAUUACCAGUGACGUCAGCAAAGGGAAACAGAUUUAUUUUAACUUUUAUUGAUGUUGCCACAAAAUGGCCUGAGUGUGUACCUCUGAAAUUUAUAACAUCAAAUGAUAUUCAGGAG